GGAGAGGAUCGGCGUCGCGAGGAGCGGGAGCGCGAGGACGACCUCGAUCGGCAGUCCCAGGCGUCCACGUACCACGAGGGCCCGAGGAUCGACAGGCCACGCAUCACGCUGUCCACGUUCACGGGCAGCGAUCCGGACGCAUGGCUCCACAGGGCAGUACAAUAUUUCGAGCUUAAUGAAACAGAUGGUCCCGAUCGCGUGAGGUACGCAGCUUAUUAUCUCGAUGGUGAGGCCAACGUAUGGUGGCAGUGGCUCACUAGGAUCUACCGCAAGCUCCAGCAAAUUAUUACUUGGGAUGUUUUUGAACGAGAGUUGCUUACGCUAUUUGGUACGUCCGACUAUCAUAAUUACAAUGAGGCUCUUACGCGCAUACGGCAAACAAGCAGCCUACGCGAGUACAUUAGGGAGUUCGAGCGAUUGGCAUGCCGCGUGCGCGACUGGCCGGAAGAGGCACUAGUUGGCGCGUUUAUCGGCGGAUUUAAAUUCGACUUGGCUGCUGAGGUACGGCUCGAGAGGCCCGACACCAUGCAUGACGCAAUGGAAGUGGCCCAACGUCGGGAGGACCACCUGGUUGCGACUCGAAGGGGACGGGCGGACGCCCGGAUUUCCGACGCACGUCGCACGGGCCCAAGCCAAGUGCCCGCGGUCGUUCGGCCUGCGGUCAAUACACGGCCAGCAGGGGCAUUGGUCCGACACCUAUCGCCAGAGGAGGUCAAACGGCAACGAGAAAAGGGUCUCUGUUUUAAGUGCGAAGAGAAGUUUACCCCGGGGCAUCAGUGCAAGCAAGCCUUUGUCAUAGAAGUGGCCAACCCGGACGACAAGGAGGUUGAGGUCGAGGAGGAACCGCCUCAAGACGACGAGACUGAGGACUUCAGGGAUGAGCCUGGAAUCUCGAUGCACGCUAUGGCUGGGAUACGAGGUCCACGGACUAUGCGCUUACCAGCUUGGGUCAAGGAUCGAAAGGUGAUGGUGCUCGUAGACAACGGGUCAUCUCACAACUUCAUCAACGCCGAGUUGUCUCAAAAAUUGAAUUUGCCAACUAUGAAUAUUGAACCCUUUCAGGUAAGGGUAGCCAACGGGGAGAGGCUGCAAUGCACUAAGUCCUUCCGGAAGGUACCAAUCAGGUUUAGCGGAGUUACGGUAAAGGCUGAUCUAUAUGCCUUACCCCUGGUUGGACCAGAUGUAGUGCUGGGCAUCCAAUGGCUCAAAGGACUGGGCAAGAUAACGACCGACUAUCGAACAGGAAUUAUGGAGUUCAACUCCGAAGGACGUCAGGUCACCCUCAGCACCAGCACGGACAAGGAAGCCAAGGAAGUAGGGUUGAAGAGCAUCGAGAAAGUUUGGCGCG